GCUCGCUUUUUAUGCCGAGGUGAGCGCGGCAAGGGUAGGAGGAGGGCGCCCUCGGAGACCGUGAAGACGAAGCUUGGGGCGGGGAUCCUACCUUUGGGCCACAGACCAAAAGAAUUGAAUCUAAUCAUGAAUUUGCUGGAAGUCCGUCUGCACAGUCUGCUGCAUGAAACAACAGGCUGACCAAAUGGCAUGUAAGGACGAACUGCAAAUGCGGCAGCCAUGUUCUCACGCGGACUGCUGCCUUGGGGCCGGCUGUGCCGUUGGUCCAGCCCAUUCCUGCAGUUCCUUGCCUUGAGUGUUGUGACAUUUGGUGUGAUAGCUCCAUUGAGUUGUCAGCGGCUCCUUCAUUCUUAUUUCUACAUGCGUGGUUGGUACCUGAACCCAAUGAGCCAACAUUUUCUGAAGCAGAGCCAAGAGGAGGGUUUGAGUGCUCUCCAUUACUUUGAGCAGCUACAGAACGUGUCAGAGAAGUUGACCAAUGAGGCUGUGCAGCCAUGGUUGCUGAUUACCAUCAUUACAGUGCAGAGGCGCCCCGAGUUCCACUAUGCCCUUCAAGUAGCAGCCCGCUUCCACCGCCUGCUCCAGGAAUGUGGCCCUUUUUGCCAGCACCACCGGCUCUUACUCUGUAAUGUGGAAACAGAUCCCAGCAACCACUGGGAUGCUAAGCUGCUUGCCCCUUUCUUUGCUGCAGUGAACCGCUAUAGUGGUCAGGAGAAUUUGGAUCUCUUGCCAAACCGUUUUGAGAAGGAGAAGCGAGAUUACACCUACUGCCUUGAGAAAUCACUCCAGCUAUACAGACCAGAAUAUGUCUUGUUAGUGGAAGAUGAUGCCAUCCCAGAAGAGGGGUUCUUUCCAGUCCUGCAUCACUUGUUGCAGAUACGAUUCUCAAAACCCCACCUCCGAAAUGCCCUUUAUAUCAAACUGUACCAUCCAGAGAGACUUCAACGUUACAUCAAUCCAGAACCCAUGAGGAUCCUGGAAUGGCUUGGAUUAGGCAUGUUUUCAGGAUCCUUCUUGGGCUUUGUCUAUUCCUGGGCAUCUAGCCGCUCCAGCCUUAGUUGGUCCAUUGUGUUGUUUUUUGCCCUAUACAGCAUGAUGCUAGUAGAACUGGUUGGGCGCCACUAUGUUUUGGAGCUUCGACGCCUGGCACCAUCCUUCUACAACAUUGUGCCUGUGACCGAGUGCUGCACUCCUGCCAUGCUGUUCUCUGCCCCGUCAGCACACCGCGUGUUGCGUUACAUGAAGGAAGUUCACUGUCACCCAGGCUUUGCCAAAGAUACUGCCCUUUAUUCACUGCUGCGUACCAAGGGCGAGCAAGCAUUUGUGGUUGAGCCCAAUCUGGUGAGACAUGUGGGGAUGUUUUCAACUCUCAGGCUGAAUGAAAACCCAAAGCUGCUUUGACUUUUCAGUGCUUCCGAAGGACUGAAACAGAUGAGCAAAAGCUCCAGCAUGAGAUGUUCACUGCUGAGCUAAGUCAUCUCCAGUUGCAAGCUGGAGAUUGGAUCAGAUUAAUUGAUUAGUCACUGAUGAGAAAUAAGCUUGGGGUUCAGUUUUCCAACGUUUUUUCCAUGUAAAAACAAUUGUCUAAUAGCUCUAAAUCCACCUUCCGCACAUGAUGCCCUCCCAUUGUGAAGCAGCAAUUCCAAGAAUCCCAGCCAAUGUGGCUAGUAGUAGUGCUGGCUAAGAAUUCUAGGUUGUGAAAGUCGGCUCUGAUCUUACAGAUAAUGAACGAGAGUUCUCAAGCUUGGUAGAAAUACCAGAGAUGGUGCUUUUCUGUUAAAUAGCAAGUAUGAAACUAUUUUAAAUGGUUCUUUCCCAUAAUUGUGAGGCAUUAACAGUCUUUUGGGAAAGAGAAACUAUUUUUUAAUUGCCUUAGUCUAUCUUCCCUGAGCUGAUGCCUUUGAGAUGUGUUGGCUGCAACAUUGCCAACACGGCCCCUGGGACUUCAGGGGGCUUACAGUCCUAACACAUUGAAAGGAUGCCGGCUUGGGAAAGGCUGGCCUAUAUUCAAUGACAGAUAAUCAUUUUCAGUGAGGUCAUUAGGGCUGUGAUUAUCUUAAUGUUUACUUCUUUCUUGUUCCAAAUCUUUCAUCUGUCACUUUCGCAUGAGCCAUUAAGUGUGCUUUUGCACAUACCUCCUGAAUGUAUCUGAAAGAGCCUUUGCAAAUGGUAAACUCUCUCUGCAUGUAGAACCUUUUAAGUUAGCAACAAGGUAGGGUCACUCAGUUUGAUGUGGCCAGAAUGGCUGGAGACUAGCUGAGUUGUAUAGCAUCCUAAUCUUAGUAAUGUCAGAGUUGGCCUGGCUAAAGGAGAGCCAAUUAGAAAGCCCAUUAGAUUCAAUGAACCGUCUAAUUGUGCUAAUAUUGUGGACAUAACCUUAACUGUAGAUGGUUUGUGCUAAAGUGUGGCUCUUCCCAUGCCCUAUCACUUCUUGUCCCCUAUUUUAGUUACCCUGCUGGUAUAUCUUUGCCAAAUGCUCAGAUCUCUCCAUUAACAGAUUUCUGGAAUCAGCCUAUAACCAGAAAAAUCUAAUCCUAAAACCCUCCAUCUGUGAAUUAGGAUUGCCCUGUCAAUUGGUAGCUUUGGUUCAGAGAGGCCAGCUAGUUUUAGUCUUUCCAGUUUACCAGUUUAUGUUUCUUUAUUCCUUCUACAUUUGCUACCUCCUACCUCAUAUAUUACUCAUACUCUUCCUUGGUAAUAGGCUUCUCAAGAAGUACAAGUGCCUUAUCCAGAUGACAUAGACACAUUUAUAGGGAAGCAUUUUCUUCCUUUUCUUCUCUGGGAAUCUGUGAGAAGGGCAAGGCUUUUUCCACCCUACUUUCUCAGAGAAAAAAAAAAUCAUGAACCUAGAAUUACAUAUUUCCUUCAGUGUGACUUCAACUGUAAUGAAUUAAAA